UAGCACUCGUAUCGCGCGAUCACACCCUUCACCAGCAUGUUCGCGUCCACCUCCCGCGCGGCGAUCGGCUCGCUGCGCAUCGCGCGCGCCUUUUCCACGUCUGCACCGAGGGCCAAGAAGACGCAGCCGCUCAUCGUGGAGCUUAUUGAGGAUGUGCCCGGUCUUGGGCGCAAGUUUGACCGCGUUCCCGCCAAGCGCGGCUACGUGCUCUCGCACCUGCUUCCCCGGCGCCUGAUCCGCCUCCUGCCAUGGAAGAAGGCUGCCCACCGCCCGUCUGUUUACAUCCGACCAGAAGGCGUCGCAGCCCCGAUGCAGUCGCUCAUUGAUGGUCCGAACGCGCAGGCCGAGGCCGCCAAGGCGGCAGCAGCAAAGCUUCGCGCCUUGCCGAGCACGCUUACGUUCAAGCGCCGUACGAUCAAGCCUGACGAGCCAGCGCUGCACGGCUCAAUCACAGCUGCCGACGUGACGGCCCUCCUGGCCGAGCAGUACCAGCUGUCGCCGGGCGAGGUGCAGUUUGCGUGGGCGGGGCUGGGCGCUAAGGAGCGCAUUAAGGCGCUGGGCACGUUCACGGGCCGCAUUGUCACGUCAAGGUCGCCGUCGAGCGGCAGGCGUAGGCUGUGUUGCAUGCAUGCAUUUGGAUAGACUGCUC